AUGGCCUCCGUCAAUGAGAUUGCUAUCCGUACCUCUAUCGCCGCCGUCCACAAUGGCUCCCACCUCCGUGUCUACGAGACAGACAUUGAAGGUAAAAUCCGCGAGACCCAAUAUGAGGGCAGGUGGACGGGCGGUACCUCCUCAAACGUAAUUGGAAGCGGUAGGAUUGGUACCCCCGUUUCCGCAACCUCCCUGGGCCUAAGCAGCAUCCGCGUAUACUUCAUCGGUGCCGACAGCAAGGUCCACGAAUCUUGCUACGACAGCGGUCGUUCUUGGUACAACGGUGCCUUGACUGAAAAAGGAUUCGCUGUGGCCCCAUACUCUGGGAUCUCUGGUGUCUAUCUUGACAACCAUAGCGUCCUCCGCGUCUACGGGCAGCUUGCAAACAACACGAUUCAAGAAUGGUGCUGGGAUAACAAUGGAAAGGGUUGGACGACUGGUACCAACUUUGGUGCUGCUCUGCCGGGCACAUCUAUUGCUGCCACCUCGUGGGGCAACGGGUCACCCCAUCACUACAUCCGGCUCUACUACCAAGACACCAACCUUAACAUCAUCGAAAAGGCCUGGGAUGGCACGGGCUGGUACACCGGCGGCCUACACUUCUCUAACGGUGUCACCCGCACGACUCUGGGCGUGACUUCAUGGAGCGAAGGCAGUUCUGUUAAGGGCAUCCGCCUUUACUACAGCGCCCCGUCCAACGUCAUCAAGGAGAAGGCCUGGGAUGGCAACGGCUGGUACGAUGGCGGCUUCUCCCAGCCAUCUGUCCCCGCCUCCAAUGUCGCUGCCCUCCCCCUACCCGUGCUUCGGGUUUACCUUCAGAACGGCACUCAGGGCACCGCUGUCACAGAGUUUGCUUGGAAUGGAGGCUGGGUUGUCGGCCAUUCUGCUCUGCCUCCCGCUUAA